GGUUAAUAAGGGCACUGGAUUAUAAGGAGGAAUAAUAUUGAGGGAAUGCUUGCUAUUUCUUUGAUAACGUCGUUUUGGAACUCAUUAAUAACAAAUAAUCGACAUGCAGAUCCGUCAUCAUCAGGAGUUUUAUACGGUAGAACGAUAGAACGGGAAGGAAUUGUUAGAACAGAAGGUCUUGAAUCGGUAGUAUCUAUUGGAGAGAAUGAUAUACGAGGCGUAGAUCGAUAUUUGUGUGAUUCUAGUGAAAUAAUGAAGUAUGAGGGUCUAGAGAUAGAAUCUCUAGACGGGGAAUAUACAAGACCGAUUCCGCAGUGUAAUGUGCAAGAUUGGCCAGGACUUCGUUUUGCUAUGAGAUGUACCUUGAAAAGGUCGUUAUAUGAGCAUACGGACAUAGUUUUAGGAGAUUAUGGAGCAGAUGGAUUAUUACCGCCUCCAUUAGUAUCGGAUUCAUGGAGACGUAUUGAUAGAUGGGCGGAAAUGCAUUAUCCGGAGCUAUAUGAUCAAUUGUCAUAUGGUGCAACGGUGGCAGAUGUGAAUGAAUUAGAAUAUGAGUUAAAAAAUCAUCUUCCAAAGGAUGUACGAGAGUCAUUUUUUAUUCAUGAUGGACAGGAGAGGGGAGGAAAGCCGACGGGGAUUAUUUUUGGAAUUACAUUAUUAGAUUGCGAAGAAGUUUUAGAAGAAUAUUAUUUAUGGAAAAAAGUGGCGAUAAAUUUGACUAAAAUUCGAGAAUCAGGGACAUUUUUGCGAGAAAGAGAGUUAUUUAAACGACAAGGAUCGUAUCCAAGGGGAUCGGUACGAGCGGUUUAUGCACAUCCAGGAUGGAUUCCUUUAGGAAAGGAUUUUGAAGGAAAUAAUAUUGGAGUUGAUCUUGCACCGGGACCUACAGGAAGAUGGGGACAAGUUAUUCUUUUUGGAAGAGAUCAAGAUAUUAAGUAUGUGGUAGCGCAUUCAUGGGCGUCUUUUUUGGCAAUGUUAGCCGAUGAUUUGGAAGAGGGUAAUUGGACAAUUGAUGAUACAACGGGAGAAUUAUUUUUGGGUACUUCGGAUAAGGAUCACAUGAGUUAUUUCGAUGUUUUAAAGCAUCGUUUACGAAAGCGUCAAAAAGAACAAACAAAAUCGGCUUUAUCCAUGAUGGAUCCAAAUAAAAUUUCACUUACGUUUAAUGAAAAGCCUUCAAUGAUGAAGAUAUCUAAUAAAGAUCUUAAAAAAACGCAACAACAACAACAACAACAACAACAAUAUAAAGAUACAUCAUCUAUACAUCUUGGAAGUACAAUUUCGCCUGAAAACACACUAUAUUUUCAAAAUCAAUCAUUAACUAAAAAUACUCAAACAACUAAAGCUGUACUCGCAACUAAAGAUACUAAUAUUUUGAAAGAUCAUUCUCAUGGGAACGAUAUUACGCUUCAAGAAAUGCAUACUUUGAAAGAAAACGUACACAUUUUUUCACCAAAUAUAAGGCAAUAAUUAUUAUAAAAUUAUACUACAAUCAUAUUUUAACGAUUCAUA